CCCUAACAGGUGCAACAGGAGAAUAAGGGAGAUGUCUGUCAAGCCAAAUUUGUGGAGCACACCCACACAGUCCUGAGCUGAGGUCUACAUCACAAGUGAAAACACCUGUGUGGGUAUGCUGUAGAUAUAACAGAAAAGGCUCCACUGACGGGCACAAGGACCAUGCAGACUCCUCAGACAGAGGGGGCCGGGCUCUCGUGUUCCCAUGCACCACCAUCUACUGACAUUGGCCACUGCUCCACAUUUAACACCCCGCAUUCAUAAAAAAAAAGAAAAGAAAAGAGGAACCAUCUGACAAGAGCAGCAUCCACUGGUAGCUUCCUCACUGUGUAUUGCGCCCAGCACGUCGCCAGAACAGAAGCCAGACAACUUAAAGAGGGGGAAAAUGGCCAAAAGUGAGAUGCAAAGAGGAAGUUUGAAGAGUGAGGAGUUCUUUUUUGAUUCCGAGACGUCUCUCUUGGAUCAGCAAGAUUUCGAGAUGUCUAGUUGCCCUUUCAAUGACGUCUUCAACUCCAAAGACUCCCACAUGGAGCAGAUCAACACUUUUCUGAAAAACGUCCAAGUUUUGCUGGAGGCUGCUAGGUUUCUUGAGAGCGCCGACAGGAAGGACGGAAAGUGUGAACACGGGUAUGCUUCGACAUUUCCAUCAAGUCAGGACACAAACUACCAGAGGCAAAGGAAAUUUCGAAAUAAGAAGUUCAGCAGUAACCACAAUAGGUCCACACAUAAUGAGCUGGAGAAGAAUAGACGAGCUCACCUUCGUCUGUGUCUCGAACGGUUGAAGGCCCUCAUACCCCUGGGACCCGACUGCAACCGUCACACAACCCUGGGCCUGCUCAACAAAGCCAAAGCACACAUAAAGAAACUUGAAGAGGCAGACAGGAAGAGCCAGUACCAGCUGGAGUCUCUGGAGCGGGAGCAGAGGCACCUCCAGCGCCAGCUGGAGCUGCUGAGGGGAGGCAGUGGUGCUGCAGCCCAGAGCAGCCCAGGGGAGGGGGAGAGGAUACGCAUGGACAGUGUGGGCUCCACCCUCUGCUCCGACCACUCUGACUCCGACCAGGAGGAGAUUGAGGUGGAUGUGGAAAGCACAGAGUUUUCCCAUGGAGAGCUGGACAGUGUGAGCACAGCAAGCACCAGCGACCUGGACGACCACAGCAGCCUGCAAAGCAUGGCCAGCGAUGAGGGCUACUCCUCCUGCAGUGUCAAACUUGCCUUCUCCUCCUAGACCUCCCACACCGCCACCGCCAGCACCACCUCCCUGCCAAAACCGCCAGCCCUCCCAUCUGUUUCUCCAUCCAGCCAUGUCUACGUGCACACACCCCCGCCGUCACCUCCGCCUACGAUGGCCACAGCUGACAGCGUUGCUGUCGCUCCUGCCUCUCAGCAGCGCCCCCUACGGCUCAUAGCCUUUAGUUCCCCCCCCACCCCCCUUACUCAUGUGCUGCUGAGGAGCGCCACUGAAAGCUUUCCUGAACUUUGAGCCGCCAAGACCAACACCUUCACCAGGGACACAAACACAGCGAUGUGAAACUGCCGAUCGAUUUUAAUCUGCUUUUAAAGGGAGAUCACAGUUGGGUGAUAUAUAUAUAUCAAAAGCAUCAUCCUGGUUUUCUAAACCCACACAAUUGAAAUGAAUGAUUGAUUUCACCUUUUGGCUUUCCUCAAAUUCUGAAAUGUCUGACAUUUUUUAAGAUACAGGACCCCGAAUUUGACUUAAAAUGCACUUAAAUUCGUAUGAUAUUGAAAGAAUUCAGAGUUUAGGGUUCUGUGUGUUUCCUGUGUAUCCCUUCUUAACGUUGUGGUGUUGGGCCUGGUUAAACGGCAGCACAUCUAGUCUGGAUUGUAAUUAACACUGUGGGUGAACUUUGCCAUAUCAAUACAGCUUGGCCCUGAUGAACGUCCCUUCAACCCUGAAUUUAGUCCUCGUCUUAUUGUUUUUCAUUACCUCUGUUCGACACCGCAGAAGCUCGGACACUCGAAUUGGUGCUAUUGUGAAACAACCAAUGGGAAAAGCAGAUCAGAUCUACCACCACGGAGCUUUUAAAGUAAACAAAGUUUGUCUGCAGUGAUUGUUUCCAACCAGGCACGGAGGAAAACAACCAAAAAAAAUGGAGGAAAAAACAACAUUCCUAUCGAAUGUGGGUGCUCAGUGCAUUUUCAAUGAGUGCAAAUUGUAACGUGUGUGUGUGUGUUUUGUUUUGUUUUGGUUUAUUUCCCCUCGACAAGCAGCUACGACAAGCUAUCCUGCACUUGCCUACUUUAGAGCUGUCCAUAGAAAUGGCACAAACCAACAAAAAAAACAAGAACAGCAACAAGGAAAAAGUCCAAACAACAACAAACUUUGGAAUAGAUGUCCAUUCUCUUUCCAGCAGUAACAAGCAAUAACUCUUGUAGUCCUUUUUGUCUCGUCAGAUUGAACCCCCUUCCUCUUAUUUUUCUUCUCCUCUCUUAAGACUGUGUGACCGUCCAAAAAGCAAAUUUAUUUUCUUUUGUUUGUACAUAAAAAUAGCUUAAUGAAUGAAACCUUAAAAAGGAGUUAAAAAAAAAGUUAGAGCUCAUGGAUAGAAUAUAUUGCCUCUGUUGCUGUUUGACCUGUGUUUAUUGUGAACUUCAAAACUUUUGGAAAUAUUUUAUCCUCUUCAGAGUGGCAGCAGAUGGGGCAUGGACACUAUUACUUUGUUAAAUUUGCUGGUGGUUUUAAAAGUGUCUCAUUCUGUUGCUCCCCUGAAACGGAAAAGGAAAGUUACCUUUCAAAGUGAUAAAAUAACGACAGAACUACUUCCCAUCCAGGUGUAGUGACCCAGUAUGGCUUCUGUUGGAGAACGCUGAGAUUGUUUGGCACUCUUUUUAUUUAUUAGACUUUUUUCUUGUUUAUAAAAUUAUUGAUUUGAGGAGGGGAGAGGCUGUAUUUGGCAUUCCUAACGUGGUCAGGUGAUCUGUGGAGGAAUUGCCUGGAGUGUAGGGACGAUAAAACGGGUUGUAUGAUGUCAAUGUUCGCUAUCCCAACUCCACUGGCAUUAAGAAUUGCACUUCAGCCACUGCUCUGUACAUUUUUAUUUUCUUUCCUCCUCUCUCUCUCUCUCUCAUAUGGAGCUCACCUGAAUCCUUUUGUAUGUGAAAAAAAAAAACUCCUUUUAAAAAUAUUUAUUUCUCAAUCCCUCAAAUGACACAAGCAAUGGGGUAAAAGGAAGUUAACUUAUUUUGGUUUUGUCUUAUUUUACUCCUCCUUUUGAUGCUUAUUCCUCAUUCCUUAUUUUAAGAAUUGUAUAUUUUAUGGCUAAUGUAAUUUUUCUUUCGGGGUGGUGUGGGUGGGAGGGGAUAUGAAAUGUAGCCAUUUUGUUUUGUUUUUAUUUGAUGUUUUAUUCAAUGGACACUUGAAAUGUAAUCGGCCCCUAAGCUGCUCCUAGUGCUGAGCCUCGCCUGUUUAGAGUCACCAGCCUUGUCCUGAGUUGACCUUCCCCCAACAACACGCAAUGCCUGAGAUGAUACAUGCAGACCCUAAACAAUUUGAUAGGCUGAUAAACAAGAUGGCUUCCCUCCAUACCCAGCCUUCUUUUUCGCUAAUAGUUUGUCAAUUCUCCUGUCCCGUUGUUUUUGGGUCUGUGCUGAGGGGGGUGGGGGUCAACUCUUCACAAGGCUUAAUCUAUAGCCAAGACUUUACUGGCAAAUUGAGCCAGCUACUACACAAUAAAAGGGGUCUAAAACUCCACCUUCCUCUAUUAGAGGGGUUGUAGUCUCUAUUAGACUUGUGUUUUAGUUGACAAAAUGUGUCUUACAUUUACGAUUCAAUGCCUCCGACUGAGGAUUUCAAGAAGAAAAUCAAGAAAAAGAACAAAUCCUUUUGGGUUCCUUGAAGGACAUCAUUAAGGUGUAGAGUUUGACAUGUAAGCUCUUUGAGGAGCUACAUUGAGGUUGUUGGACUUGGCAUUGAAUCAGAAAGUCAAUGCUUCAGGUGCUUGACUAUUUCAAAAGAAAAUAUGCCAAAAACACCUCAGAACACCUCAGUGUCCUCUCUCUCUCUAUAUAUAUAUAUAUCUCUCUCUCUCUGAGGGAAAGUUUACAUUUAUUCUUCCCCUGUUUAAGUUAUUAACCUUCAACUCUUUGUUUUUUUGGUCUCCAUAUGUUGGUUUCAUGUACCUACACUGCUGACAGGAAAAAAGGACCCAUGUUUGACAACAAAAUGAAUUCCACUCAGACCUGGAUCGCAUCCUAUUGGUGUUUCUAACCUGCUCGGAGAACAAUAUAUUUUUAACACAGUGGAGCGAUUCUGAUAGUGAUGGGUUUUGUUGUUCACCACUGAAAUGUGUGAAAACUGUCUGGCACUCAUUGUAUUGUCCCAUGUGGAAAAAGUAGUCUGAACUUGUUGUCCCCGGAUGGGAUAAAACAAACUGUAAGAACUGAUUUUACUGAGGCCAGGUCUGUCCUCUCUCAUGUGAGUGUACAGUGUGUGUAUGAAUGUGUGAGCGUGAGUGUGUGUGUUUGCUCUAUGUUCUUACUAAGGCUGAGCUUUAGAGAGGCACCUGCUCCACAACGAGUCUGCACUGAUCUCAGUUUGGCUGAUUCCCACCUGCUACUCAUUAAAUAUAAGACUUCUGGAGCAUAUUUGUCAAAAAUAAAGACAAUAUAGCCAGUGACGAAUAUCAUUUCUGGGAGUGAAGGCUUUGUCACAUAAUGUGCAGCGACAAUUUUGCACAGAAAGUUAACUGAGCUGGACUGUAGGUGCAGACUGGUCCUGGAUCAGCCCAGGUUAGUCGGGAUGUCUGACAAAGAGUUUCUGGCUUUAUGCUGCAGAUUCAAAACAAUAGCAUAUCUUCAUAAGCUGGUGAUCACAAAGCUAUAUUUUUACCUCUGUGUUUUAAGUUAAUGCAGUCCUGUGGUCCAGGUUAACUUUUUAGGAGGGUUGAGUCCCAGAUUUGCAGCUUGGCCAGAAUGUGCAGUGUCUUUUGUAAACCACACUCCAUUCUGGCAUCUGGCUUUGGGCAAACAGGUACAUGAGGAUAAUGUUAGCCCAACCAAAAGAGUAGUACCACAUGGGGAGUUGUCCUGUUGUUCUGAACCUGUGGCUAUCCUUUAUAAAACAUGCUGUCUGAUGAUGAUUCUAGCCGUGUAAGUUGAAGAUGCAAUACUUACAAUAAAAACACGCAAGAUUUUCAAACCUGAA